GGCCCUUUUUCUCAAGGCAGACGCAGAAAACAGACAGAGAAGCGCACUUGACAUACGACUCUUGAAGAACUAGUUCGACAUUGCCACAAUCUCUUUUGGCGGAGGCUAAGUCGCUGUAUAAUAGGGAUCAUCACCCUUCCUGCCGGCAAAUACUGCCCAAUACAACUGCACCCAUGGAGGACUUCGGUUGCAGAAUUCUGGGAUAUCAGUCAUACCAAGCUCGGGUUGCCGCCUCCUAUAAUAUGAAAAGGAUGCACCGCGGUUGUUUCCAUCCUUGGCUGAUUUGGAAGGAAUUGAUCGGCGAGAAGGAUCUCGAAAGCUCCGAGCGGCUUGCUGUUCGAGAACAUGUGCGCGAUAUGAUCUCAAAACUAUGCAAAUAAUCCGCGACGCAAAAGAGCUUGUGCUUGGGUGAUGGUGUGUGACUUGGCAACCAUGCCAAUGCGCUGGAUACGACUGGACUAUGAGAGUUGGUCUUGGUCUGACCAAUUCUGA